AUGUUGCAAAAUCCUUUUUUCUUCUUUCAUGUUACACUUUGGUCUGAAGAUGGUCGAGAAGAACGAAAUGUGAUUAGCAACCCACCAAAAACAACGCGAGUACUUAUGGGAUCACUUGUUUCUUCUCCAGCUAUUCUUAAGAAUACCACAGGAGAACAAGGAUGUUACUUUUGUUUUCCGGAUCUCUCUAUACGUACAGAAGGGAAAUAUACUCUAAAAUUUUCUUUGAUGAAGCUGGGAACUGAAGACCGACUAAUUAAUACAAGAACAGAAAUAAUCGCUAAUACGUACUCCGACCCUUUUACUGUAUAUUCAGCAAAAAAAUUUCCUGGGAUGACAGAAUCAACGGAACUAUCCAAAGCUUUUGCAAAGCAGGGGUUAAAAAUUCCAAUUCGAAAUGAUGUACGCCCGAGGAAAAUUACUGAAGAUUAA